GCGAGAGUGACCUUCCCUGUGCAGCUGUUCUCUCGACGGGCAAAUGACAACCCGGAGGUAUUGUUCUUUGAGUGCACCCUCAUUAUUUCCAAGGCAACACUUGCAGUCUGCUUGAACUGAAAAUUUGUAGACUGUCUAAGACUUGUCAACCUAGGUGUCAGUAAACUGGUGCUCAACCCUAGUCACCACCCAAGGAUUUAGCCCUGUUCUGCAAAACAGAUUGUGUCCUGUAAAGUCAUUCACGCUGUGAGCCUGCCAUGUCUGAGGCUCUGCUGACUGUAAAGGAGGCAACUGCCAAAUUGCUGGAUGUCGUCAGAGAAGGGUCACAGCACCUCCCAGGCUCCCCGACGACCCAGGCUUUGACGGUGGGAGCGGUGAUGGGAGCUCUGACCUACUUGCUGCUCAAGAAACGAUAUCGUCUGCCGCCCGGUCCCACCGCUUUCCCCCUUGUAGGAAAUCUGCUGGUAUUUCGUGAGAAGGACCCAUUAUAUAUGAUACUUCUGAACUGGUCCAAAGAAAAGUAUGGUCCAGUAAUCACCCUGUACUUUGGGCCCAAACGCUGGGUGACUCUGAACAGCAUUGAUGUGGUCCACGAGGCGUUAGUCAAGAAAGCCACCGACUUUGCUGGACGACCUUAUGCAUUUUGGAUGGAUCUCCUUAGCGAAGGUGGGCAAGACAUUGCCUUUGCCACGUAUUCGGCACGUUGGAAGCUGCUCCGAAAAGUCGGCAACCAGGCUGUGAGAUCUUUCAUGACAGGAACUCCGCUAGAGGUCGCUGUCCACGAGAUUGUGCCGUUGGCGGUAGACAAAAUGGCUGCCGAAACGGGACCUUUCGAUCCUCACGUCAUUUUGUCGUCUUUGAUGUUCAGCAUCAUCUACUCGAUGUGUUUUGGCGAGAGGCGAGGUCUUGAUGACCCGGAGCUGUUGCGACUCAUGCACGUCUUGGACACCGGCAACGAGCUGAUUGGCAACGGCCUGUUUGAGGACGUCGUACCAUUUCUACGUCUGUCACUCACACCUAGAGCUCGCCAGUUAAAAGCGAUUCUAACAGAAUUAUUUGACUUAAUACGUAUUAAUGUCGACAAACACAAGGAAACGCUAUCCAAAGACAAUAUUCGGGACAUGACAGAUGCUGUCCUCCUUGCUCAGAAAAGAGUGGAGGAAGAAGAAAACCCGGAAAAGAUGGCCAUGUUUAAUGAUGUCCAUGUCAGGCAAAUUGUUUCUGAUCUUUUUGUAGCUGGCGUUGACACAACAAGGAUGACCCUGGACUGGGGCCUGUACUUGUUGGCCAGUUUCCCAGAGAUCCAAAGAAAAACUCAGGAGGAAAUUGAGGCUGUCACAGGGGACCGGAUGCCACAGCUUGCGGACUACGGCAAACUUCCCUACACGGAGGCAGUGCUAUACGAGAUCAUGCGUGUGGGUACAGGGGUUCCUAUGGGUUUGCCUCACGAGACCUUAUGUGACACGACAGUGGGUGGCUUCGAUGUUCCCAAGGGAACGAUGGUCUUAAUCAACCACUGGGCGCUACACAAUGAUCCUGAUCACUGGGACAAGCCAGAAGAGUUUCGUCCCGAACGUUUCUUGGACGACCAAGGCAAGAUGGCGCCUAAGCCUGAGAGUUGGCUCCCUUUCUCGACAGGGCGUCGGGCGUGUCUGGGAGAAGCCAUCGCCAAGCCAGAAAUCGUGCUCGUGCUGGCCUGCAUCUUGAAACGACUGAACAUCUCGCUACCGCCAGGCGACAAGUUUGAUCCUCGACCGGCCUUCAACAGUACUGCAGUCUACAUCCCUAAGCCCUACAGAAUCAUCGUAACCAGGCGCACUAAACCUUAAAAAAAACAAAACAACGCAUGACUUGUUCAAGUAACUCUGAGAAAAAUGCCUUGAAUCAAACUACGCAGAGCAGUUUGAUUCUAGAAGAAUAAGGGGAAUAAGGGAAAAUUAACAAAUUGAAUGUAACAUAACCCUUGAAUAACAAGCCAACAUUUGUGUUUUCUGUUUAUAAUUCAUCAUGUUAAAACGUUGCAUUAAAAAGCGCAUCUUUGCUGUCACAGCUUAGCCGAUUGCAAAAGCUUGAUUGACGGAUUUAAAAAACCCUCAUUAACAUCUUUACAUGCAUAACGGGAUUUAAUGUAUACCAUGUCCUUAAAGAAAUGAUUAGACCGUUCAAACAGAAGUGGGCGGAUUAUAUAGCCGUUGGUAACUAUGCUUCUCAAACUACCCCCAAUACCUAGCAAAAUAUUUCAUGAAUAGAUUAUGCAGCAUAAUUUUUUUCUGAAGCUGGUUUCAGGAGAGAUCACAGCACAAUAGACCACAUAUUUAUCUUGAAAGCACUUCGUCAGAAGCAGUUGCUUAAAUACAAAAAAGUGUAUGAAUCGAAACAAUUUUCAACUCUGUAACUAGGAAAAAAAAACUUUGGACUGUAUUACUGAAAAACUAUUUGACUCAUCAAAAGUAUGUGUGAAGGUGUUAAAGGUUGGUGCUGUUUUAGCUGCUCAGGAUGACUAAAACAAGGUCAGAUUUGUAGUCCUGUUUGGUUUCGUUUUCUACCCAUCCACUUCUAGACCAUGCUUCCGAGUCUUAGGUUAAUGAUACGAGUACAGUAUACUUAAAGUGCUUUAGACUCUUAAUGACCGUAUUUAAUUCCUAUUUUGUUAAAGUCAUUUUUGUCCAUUUUCAGCUUCUACUGCUUUAUGGCAAAGGUAUCUAGAGUCUGUGUUCAGACAAUAGCAUAAUCAGAAAUGUGUAUUUGUUCGCAUUAACCUUAUUGCCUUAAUGUUUCCAGCUUCCAAAGGAACGCUUGUCAAGAAAAGUGUAUAAUAUUUUUCUGCAAUUCGAUUAUUAAAAUUAAUUUGAUAUGGUUACGUUAAUUGGUGAUUUUUCUGUACAGGUAUGGGUUUGGUUUUGUAUGAGAAAAAUCGAGAAGCUGUAAA